UCUCGUCCUCCAGUCACCCUGAAUGGAACAUGCCCGUCUUUUGUGACUAAGCCAAGUCAAUGACUAUUUAACUCACUUGCUUUGGAGGGGUGCGGUUGACAAAUAUUACCAUUACACUUUUUACCAACGACUAAUAGACGCCUUCAAGUUCGUUGAGAAUGGCUGAGAGGUUCAAUGACCAAAAUUACAGCAAACUCCGAAAGCAUCACCAGGAUUUGGGUUUGCCAUGGUCUGAUCCCAUUUUCCCUGCCAAUGAGAGCUCGAUCGGUCUAGAAAAGGCCAAAGAAUUGCCUAGGAACAUCGAAUGGAAGCGACCGCACGAGAUUACCAAACAGCCUAGUUUAUUCGUGGAUGGAGCCUCUGGUCACGAUGCCACCCAGGGUAGAUUGGGAAACUGUUGGUUUGUGGCAGCCUGUUCAGUUUUGGCUGGCAAAAAGCCCUUAUGGGAACGAGUGAUACCCGAUUGGAAGGAUCAAGAAUGGUCCGAAGACAAUGAAUACUCCGGGAUCUUUCGCUUUCAAUUUUGGCGUUUUGGGAAAUGGGUGGAAGUUUGUGUGGAUGAUCAGCUCCCCACUUACAAUGGAGAGCUUUUGUUUUCCCAUUCGAAAGACAACAAUGAGUUCUGGGGAGCACUGUUAGAAAAGGCUUACGCCAAAUUACACGGAACAUAUGAGGUUCUGGAUGGAGGAAACCUUUCCGACGCUUUGGUGGAUUUUACGAGUGGCGUGUCUGAAGUCAUUGAGAUUGAUAGUGAAGUCAAUGGAUAUCGAACAGAUGACUUUGAAAAGAAGAAGUGCUUUUUCAAGUCACUUAUCACGGAAAUGGAAGACCACGCUCUUAUGUGUUGUGCGGUCAAGGCUACCUCGUCUGCCGAAAUGGAACAAAGGACAGACCUGGGGUUGGUCAAGGGUCAUGCUUACGGUAUUACGGCCUUGAAGAAAGUUCCUUUGGGAGGAACCAAUCUUUCUAACCUGUUCAAGGGAAGAGAAAAGUUGUACUUGAUACGCCUGCAAAAUCCUUGGGGCCAAAAAGAGUGGACUGGUCCUUUUGGUGAUAAAGAUGCUGGCGGCGCUCACUCGGAUUAUCUGUACUCUUGCUACUCCCUCAUCCGACUACUUUCUAGAUCUCCGGAAUGGUCCAAUAUCUCUGAAAAAGAACGAGAGAAACUUGGACUGACCUUCGACGAUGAUGGAGAGUUUUGGAUGCCGUUUGAUGAUUUUCUUCACCAAUUCACGGAUAUGUCCAUUUGUCGGGUGAUCAACACUUCCGUAUUUUCCUUCUCCAAAACAUGGUGUGAAGAGCAAUUGUUCGAUUCCUGGAAGAAAAGCGAUAUCGAGGAUCGCGCAGGAGGAUGCCUAAACCAUCCAGAGACCUUCUUGAACAAUCCGCAGUAUCGCUUUGAUAUCUCCAAAGAAGAAGACGAGAUAAUUGUGCAACUCUCCCAAGAGGAUUGCCGAGACAAAUUGGUCGAAAAGCGUAAGCUCUUGGUGAUUGGCUUUCAUAUAAUGAAAGUGGAAGAGAAUCGCAAGUACCGAGUCCACAAGACUCAAGAGGGAAUUUGUAAUUCUGAUUACAUCCUGUCCAAGCACAUAUUCCUUAAGACGACCCUUAAAAAAGGCCGCUACGUCAUCAUUCCAACCACCCUAAAUCCCGGGGAAUCCAGGAACUUUCUUCUCAGGAUCUUCACGGAUUCUGACGCUAAUGUUCAGAAACUGGAGAAGCAUUUCCCCGUCCCCGCUUGGUGGAAAUGUUGUGCCAGUCCACCCACGCUUUUAACCAAAGUGACGGUGAAAGGAGCUUCUGGUUUGCAGAAUAGCGACACUUUCUCACAAUCAGACCCGUAUUGCAUAGUCAAUUGUGAGGGUAAGAAAGUGAGGAGUCUUGUUCGAACCGACGAUUUGUCUCCUGAAUGGAACUGUAAAGCCAUCUUUUUUCGAAAAAAUCCCGAAAAGCCUAUCAAAAUUCAAAUAUGGAAUCAUAACCUGGUCAUGGACUCGUUCAUGGGACAAGCCUUGGCCCUAGCCCCGAAUUCGGAACCUUCCACGUUAGUUCUAAAUCUUACAGGCAAAGGAAGUAAAAAUAGUGAGAUCUUACCGGGUCAUGUCACUGUCGAGGUGGAAACAUAUGAUGACCUAAAAACGCUUUAAAGCUUGAAAAGACAAAGUUAAUCAAACAGAGAGGCCUUUAAUUUUUUCUGGACACACCUUGAAAAAAUAUGUAAUCGUGGUGCUUUUGGCAACAAAUUCUUCCAAAUGAGUGAUUCAAUUCGUGCCAUGACCAGCAAAAUUGUAAAGAUGUUUGUAUUUUUUAUUCGUUAUACAACUCAAAGAAGAGAAGGCACAAAAAAUAUAUAAAGAAUAUGUAUGUAUAAAAAACGGUCAAAAAAUAAAUAGAUUAAAUACAA